AAUGAAACAUAAUAAACAAUGAGUAGCUCGGUGAUUGGCAAUGCUCCUCUUCACGAAACAAUCAGUCAGGCAGAAGCACUGAAAUUAGUCAAACAUGUAUCUGGUCAGGAUGGUCAACUAGUUCGCUACCACUUGCGUCUUUACAACGACGAUCGGAUUAAAAAAAACAUCGGUUACUUUCAACUUUUACUGGAAACUAAAUUAAGAGAAUCAUCUAUAAUCGAGCAGCACAGCUUUUUGGUGAAGACGAUAUCCUGUAACAAUUCAAUUGCGGAAGCUGAGAAACGCGUUUUCGAACAUGAAUUUAACUUUUUUCAUGAAAUUGUACCACAAUUGACAAAACACGUUGACGUCGGACGAUGGCUUCCUAAAUGUUUCUUAGCUAAACGUGAUACUUUAGUGUUUGAAAAUUUGACAACAAAAGGCUAUCGGACGCGGCCACACAUGUUCGACGAGGAAACUACAAGAUCAGCUUUGCGAACUGUGGCUCGGCUGCACGCUUCUUCAAUCUUAGCUGAGACUCGGCUAGAACGGUCGUUGUACGAGUUAUAUCCAAAUGCUUUCGUAGAUAUGAAUUUCACGGGUCAUGGAAAGAAUGAAAGCUGGUAUUUAGCAGCUGUCAAUGCAGUCAUUAAAGUGGCGGAUAACCUGGGCUUGAACUCUUCUAAGAUAACCGCUGUCUUCGAUCGUCUUCAGCAGAUUGCUACCGAGGAGAGUGAAGCGCCACUUGAUCGUCGAACCAAAUGGAAAGUAGCAAGUCACGGAGAUCUCUGUGAAAACAAUAUGAUGUUCGACAAUAGUCAACCACCAAAUUGUAUACUUAUCAACUUUCAGUCUGUUCGUUACGUUUCACACGCCCAAGAUAUCCUGUUAUUGUUACAUUUGUGCACCACACGCGCAUUUCGUCGAGAAUUCGAGCAAAAAUUAAUCGAAUUCUAUUACUCAACUUUGAGAACUCUUUCAUAUAAGUACAAUCCUGCUGCGCGAGUUUUGCCUCUCGAUCAACUCAAGAGCGAGAUUGAAAAAGAGAGACUUCGAGCAAUCGCAAGUGCAAUGAUUUAUCUUUCAAGCACUUUGCUGGAUAAGAGAUUUGCUGAUGAUCUUUUCGAAAAUUCAGACAAGCACGACAAGUUACGGUACUAUGAUCGUGGUCAACAAGUCAUUGAGCUUAUGCAGAGAGAUGACAUUUAUCGACAGAGGCUGGAGGAAUCUGUGAAAGAACUUGUCGAUUACAGCCAACAAUAUGUCUGAUUGGGACCCUUGACUUUUUCACUGCUUAAAGUGAAAAUAUAUGUUCAUUAAUACUAAUUUGGCU